AUGGAGAAGUUGCGAAAGCCUCAGGGAAUACACAAUGAAUAUCUAAGAAAUCAGAAUUACACCACCCACCCCCAUUCCUUGCUGUCCAUGGCUUUCCGCAAUCAUUGUGGGAUCUUCAUCUCACCAAAGGGAAUUCUGCAAGGAGCCAAUAGUGUAAGAAUGAGUCUCAUCAUCUUGCUUGUUUGUGCUGGAGUUUCAUUUUUGGGUGCCUUGUGCUAUGUCGAGCUAGGAAUCGUCAUUCCUAAAGCUGGUGGCACUUACCAGUACAUUCUACACGCCUAUGGUGACUUCGCCGGAUUUCUGGUGUCCUGGGCCACCGUAGUUAUUAUCAGGCCAGCUGGCGCUGCGCAGAUUGCCAUCACGCUCGGUACUUACAUCUCUGAUUACGCCAUUCCUGGUGACUGUGCCCCUCCGAAAGAAAGCAUCCAACUCUUCUCUAUUAUGGCAGUCAGGCAUACACGUUACCUGAACACAGAGGUGUCAUUUGUAGGAUCUACCACGCAUGUCUUGAGCUAUGGUACGGCCCUGUAUUAUGGUUUCUGGGCCUACAGUGGUUGGGACAACAUCAACAAUGUGUCAGAGGAGUUAAAGAAUCCAGCAAGAAAUCUACCUUUGUCAAUGUGCAUUGCCAUACCGACUGUGACUAUCAUUUAUCUCCUGACUAACAUCGCCUAUUUCACUGUCCUCUCACCGACUGAGCUACUUGCAUCCAGUGCUGUCGCAGUGACCUUUGCCGAACGUCAUGGCAUGGCUUGUCCCACUGGGAGUGUGUAUCUCCACCACGGGCACGCUCAUGGGAUAACGUUUGCUGCAGGCAGAGAGGGCCAUAUGCUGUCCAUCUUGUCCAUGGUUAAUGUGAAGUUCCAUACUCCACUCCCUGCCAUUCUCCUACAGGGACUCAUAGUGUUUGUACUGAUAAUUAUCGGUGACUUCAAUUCGAUCAUCAUGUAUGGAAGCAUCGUUCAAUGGAUUCUCUUCAUGGCCGCAUUUGCUGCAGUGUUUAUUCUGCGACGAAGGUAUCCAAAUAUACCAAGACCCUACAAGGUCAACAGUUUAGUUCCUGUGCUUGCAAUCAUUGCUUCCAUCUUCAUUAUUUUGGCACCAGUCAUAUCGGAUCCUAAGCUUGAGUACCUGUACGCAUUCGUAUUACUCGUGACAGGCAUCUUGGUCUAUGUCGUGUUCGUUCGAGGAAAACAACAGCUUCCGUACACAGAACAAAUGACGACGUUCUGCCAGAAGUUGCUUUUCGUCGGCCCAUCCCGGAAGUAG